GGAGUUGUGAUAGUCUGGACUUCAGAAGAGCAAAGUGGCGCCUGCCUAUGCGGGGCUUCUGUGUUUGAGCUGAGGCCACCACCCACGUGUACGUGACCAUCGUGGACGAGAACGAUAAUGCACCUGUGUUCCAGCAACUCCAUUACGAAGUGUUGCUGGAUGAGGGUCCAGACACAAUCAACACCAGCCUCAUCACCAUCCACGCACUAGACCUGGACGAGGGGCCCAACGGCACAGUUACCUACGACAUUGUCGCAGGCAACAUCAUCAACACCUUCCGGAUUGACAGACACACGGGUGUCAUCACUGCCACCAAGGAGCUGGACUAUGAGAUCAGCCAUGGCCGCUACACCCUGAUCAUCACUGCCAUGGACCAGUGCCCUAUCUUGUCCCAUCGCCUCACCUCUACCACCACGGUGCUUGUGAAUGUGAAUGACAUCAAUGACAACAUGCCCACCUUCCCCCGGUAUUACGAGGGACCAUUUGACAUCACUGAGGGCCAGCCAGGGCCCAGAGUGUGGACCUUCCUGGCCCAUGACCAGGACUCGGGCCCCAAUGGGCAGGUGGAGUACAGCAUCGUGGAUGGAGACCCUCUGGGGGAGUUUUUGAUCUCUCCCGUGGAGGGGGUGCUGCGGGUCCGGAAGGAUGUGGAGCUGGACCGUGAGACCAUUGCCUUCUACAACCUGACCAUCUGUGCCCGCGACAGAGGGGUGCCUCCUCUCAGCUCCACGAUGCUGGUGGGGAUCCGGGUGCUGGACAUCAACGACAAUGACCCCGUGCUGCUCAACCUGCCCAUGAACAUCACCAUCAGUGAGAACAGCCCCAUCUCCAGCUUCGUCGCCCACAUUCUGGCCAGUGAUGCUGACAGCGGCUGCAACGCGCUCCUCACCUUCAACAUCACUGCAGGCAACCGGGAGCGGGCCUUCGCCAUCAAUGCCACGACAGGGAUCAUCACCGUGAACCGGCCCCUGGACCGUGAGCGGAUCCCAGAGUACAAGCUGACCAUCUCUGUGAAGGACAACCCCGAGAACCCACGCAUAGCCAGGAGGGAUUUUGACUUGCUGCUGAUCUUUCUUGUGGAUGAGAAUGACAACCACCCCCUGUUUACUGAGAGCACCUACCAGGCAGAGGUGAUGGAAAACUCUCCCGCUGGGACCCCCCUCACGGUGCUCAAUGGACCUAUCCUAGCCCUGGAUGCUGAUGAGGACAUCUAUGCUGUGGUGACCUACCAGCUGCUGGGUGCCCAGAGAGGCCUCUUUGACAUCGACAACAGCACAGGCGUGGUGACUGUGAGGUCAAGUGUCAUCAUUGAUCGGGAGGCCUUCUCACCCCCUGUCCUGGAGCUGCUGCUGCUGGCUGAGGACAUCGGGCUGCUCAAUGGCACAGCCCACCUGCUCGUCACCAUCCUGGAUGACAAUGACAAUCGACCCACCUUUAGCCCUGCCACCCUCACUGUCCACCUACUGGAGAACUGCCCACCAGGAUUCUCAGUCCUUCAAGUCACAGCCACAGAUAAGGACAGUGGCCUCAAUGGGGAGCUGGUCUACCGAAUAGAAGGUGGGGCUCAGGACCGCUUCCUUAUCCAUCCAGUCACUGGGGUCAUCCGCGUGGACAACGUCACCAUUGACAGGGAGGAGCAGGAAUCCUACAGGCUGACAGUGGUGGCCACUGACCGGGGCACCAUCCCUCUCUCGGGCACGGCCAUCAUCACCAUCCUGAUUGAUGACAUCAAUGACUCCCGCCCCGAGUUCCUCAACCCCAUCCAAACGGUGAGCGUGCUGGAGUCGGCCAAGCCAGGCACUGUCAUUGCCAACAUCACUGCCAUUGACCGUGACCUCAACCCAAAGCUGGAGUAUCACAUUAUUGGCAUCGUGGCCAAGGAUGACACUGACCACCUGGUGCCCAACCAGGAGGAUGCCUUUGCCGUGAAUAUCAACACAGGGUCUGUAAUGGUGAAGUCCCCCCUGAACCGGGAGCUCGUUGCCACCUAUGAGGUCACUCUCUCAGUGAUUGACAACGCCAGCGACCUACCAGAGCGCUCUGUCAGUGUGCCAAAUGCCAAGCUCACAAUCAACAUCCUGGACGUCAACGACAACACACCCCAGUUCAAGCCCUUCGGGAUCACCUAUUACACAGAGCGGAUCCUGGAGGGGGCCACCCCAGGUACCACGCUCAUCGCUGUGGCAGCCGUGGACCCCGACAAGGGCCUCAAUGGGCUGGUCACCUACACCCUGCUGGACCUGAUGCCCCCGGGCUAUGUCCAGCUGGAAGACUCCUCGGCGGGGAAGGUCAUUGCCAACCGGACGGUGGACUAUGAGGAGGUGCAUUGGCUCAACUUUACUGUGCGGGCCUCAGACAAUGGGUCCCCGCCCCGGGCCGCUGAGGUCCCUGUCUACUUGGAGAUUGUGGACAUCAAUGACAACAACCCCAUCUUUGACCAGCCCUCCUACCAGGAGGCCGUCUUUGAGGAUGUGCCCGUGGGCACAGUCAUCCUGACAGUCACUGCUACUGAUGCUGACUCAGGCAACUUUGCUGUCAUCGAGUACAGCCUUGGGGAUGGAGAGGGCAAGUUUGCCAUCAACCCCACUACAGGUGACAUCUAUGUGCUGUCCUCUCUGGACCGGGAGAAGAAGGACCACUAUAUCCUGACUGCCUUGGCCAAAGACAACCCCGGGGAUGUAGCCAGCAAUCGUCGAGAAAAUUCGGUGCAGGUGGUGAUCCAAGUGCUGGAUGUCAAUGAUUGCCGGCCACAGUUCUCCAAGCCUCAGUUCAGCACAAGCGUGUAUGAGAAUGAACCAGCAGGCACCUCGGUCAUCACCAUGAUGGCCACUGACCAGGACGAAGGCUUCAAUGGGGAGCUGACCUACUCACUGGAGGGCCCUGGUGUGGAGGCCUUCCACGUAGACAUGGACUCAGGCCUGGUGACCACACAGCGGCCACUGCAGUCCUACGAGAGGUUCAACCUGACCGUGGUGGCCACAGAUGGCGGGCAGCCCCCACUCUGGGGCACCACCAUGCUCCUGGUGGAGGUCAUCGACGUCAAUGACAACCGCCCCAUCUUUGUGCGCCCACCCAAUGGCACCAUCCUGCACAUCAAAGAGGAGAUCCCGCUGCGCUCCAACGUGUACGAAGUCUAUGCCACAGACAAGGACGAAGGCCUCAACGGGGCGGUGCGCUACAGCUUCCUGAAGUCGACGGGCAACCGGGACUGGGAGUACUUCACCAUCGACCCGAUCAGCGGCCUCAUCCAGACCGCGCAGCGCCUGGACCGGGAGAAGCAGGCGGUGUACAGCCUCAUCUUGGUGGCCAGCGACCUGGGCCAGCCGGUGCCAUACGAGACCAUGCAGCCGCUGCAGGUGGCCCUGGAGGACAUUGACGACAACGAACCCCUCUUCCUGAGGCCUCCAAAAGGCAGCCCCCAGUACCAGCUGCUGACAGUGCCUGAGCAUUCGCCACGUGGCACCCUCGUGGGCAACGUGACAGGCGCUGUGGAUGCAGACGAGGGCUCCAAUGCUAUCGUCUACUACUUCAUCGCAGCCGGCAACGAAGACAAGAACUUCCAUCUGCAGCCCGAUGGGCGUCUGCUGGUGCUGCGGGACCUGGACCGGGAGCAAGAAGCUGUCUUCUCCUUCAUUGUCAAGGCCUCCAGCAAUCGCAGCUGGAUACCUCCCCGUGGACCCAUCCCAGCCCUCGACCUGGCUGCUGACCUCACUCUGCAGGAGGUGCGCGUUGUGUUAGAGGACAUCAACGACCAGCCACCACGCUUCACCAAGGCUGAGUACACUGCAGGGGUGGCCACCGACGCCAAGGUAGGCUCGGAGUUGAUCCAGGUGCUCGCCCUUGAUGCAGACAUUGGUAACAACAGCCUCGUCUUCUACAGCAUUCUGGCCAUCCACUACUUCCAGGCCCUUGCCAAUGACUCUGAGGACGUGGGCCAGGUCUUCACCAUGGGGAGUGUGGACGGCAUCCUGCGCACCUUUGACCUCUUCAUGGCCUACAGCCCUGGCUACUUCGUGGUGGACAUUGUGGCCCGAGACCUCGCAGGCCACAAUGACACGGCCAUCAUCGGCAUCUAUAUCCUGCGGGAUGACCAGCGUGUCAAGAUUGUCAUCAAUGAGAUCCCCGACCGCGUGCGUGGCUUCGAGGAGGAGUUCAUCCGCCUGCUCUCCAACAUCACUGGUGCCAUUGUCAACACUGAUGACGUGCAGUUCCACGUGGACAAGAAGGGUCGGGUGAAUUUCGCACAGACGGAGCUGCUCAUCCACGUGGUGAACCGCGACACCAACCGCAUCCUGGACGUGGACCGAGUGAUCCAGAUGAUCGAUGAGAAUAAGGAACAGCUGCGGAAUCUUUUCCGGAACUACAAUGUCCUGGACGUGCAGCCGGCCAUCUCUGUCCGACUUCCCGAUGACAUGUCUGCCCUGCAGAUGGCGAUCAUUGUCCUGGCCAUACUCCUCUUCCUGGCGGCCAUGCUCUUCAUCCUCAUGAACUGGUACUACAGGACUGUACACAAGAGGAAGCUCAAGGCCAUUGUGGCUGGCUCGGCAGGGAAUCGUGGCUUCAUCGACAUCAUGGACAUGCCCAACACCAACAAGUACUCCUUUGACGGAGCCAACCCGGUGUGGCUGGAUCCCUUCUGCCGGAACCUGGAGCUGGCAGCCCAGGCCGAUCACGAGGAUGACCUGCCGGAGAACCUGAGUGAGAUUGCAGACCUGUGGAACAGCCCCACCCGCACCCACGGAACUUUUGGGCGUGAGCCAGCAGCAGUCAAACCUGACGAUGACCGGUACUUGCGGGCAGCCAUUCAGGAGUACGAUAACAUUGCCAAGCUGGGCCAGAUUAUUCGGGAGGGGCCCAUCAAGGGCUCGCUGCUGAAGGUGGUCCUGGAGGAUUACCUGCGGCUCAAAAAGCUCUUUGCACAGCGGAUGGUGCAAAAAGCCUCCUCCUGCCAGUCCUCCAUCUCCGAGCUGAUCCAGACUGAGCUGGAGGAGGAGCCAGGGGACCACAGCCCAGGCCAGGGCAGCCUGCGCUUCUGCCAUAAGCCACCAGUGGAGCUCAAGGGGCCCGGCGGGAUCCACGCGGUACAUGGCAGCACAGGCACGCUGCUGGCCACUGACCUCAACAGCCUGCCCGAGGAUGACCAGAAGGGUCUGGGCCGUUCACUGGAGACGCUGACCGCUGCGGAGGCCACAGCCCUGGAGCGCAAUGCCCGCACAGAGUCCGCCAAAUCCACUCCCCUGCACAAGCUCCGCGACGUGAUCAUGGAGAGCCCCCUGGAGAUUACAGAGCUAUGACUGGAUGGGGAAGCCUUGCUGGUGGAGCAGCACCCGUCCCACUCCCCACUCCUGGGGCAGAGGCAGGGGCGGGGCCGGUGGGUCUGGGUCCCUCCCCAAGCCAGCUCUGGGUGAACGACCUUGGUUUGGCCCUGACGGCCCCAUCACCUGCUCAGACAGAUCCUACUCUUGCCAGACGCUCAUUCAGCAUCUGAUCUCUACCUUCAUAAAAUCUGUUAUUUUUUUAAGAAAACCAAACAAAAAUGAUAAAUGUGUAAGGACGAAGUAAGGAGGGUCACUGGGGGCCCAGGAGUCUGAGGACAGCUUAGCUCAGGCUGGGCUGAAAGAGGCCAAGCAGGCCCUCUCCCCAUCCCCACUCCCACGGAGGAGCCCAGCACCCAGGGGACGGAGGCUGAGCCCGUGUCCCCUGCUGGCCCGGCCCCUUGACUUCAGUUCAAGUCCCACCGCACUUCUGCCAUGUUCCUGCUGGAUGUCCUGGUGGAGGCAGUGAAUGACUCCUGCCCCCCACAUGGACAAGAAGGUCAAUGUCCACGAACAAGCAUCCUCUCCAUUUUCACUGGCUUCCCAAAUGUGCCCAGCUUACAAAGAGAAGUGACUGAUGUUCCCUUGGGUUUUGAAUGUAGAGUGUUUGUGUGUAUUCCUUUUUCAAAUUAAGUUAUUCCCUCAGUAUUUUUCCCUUGGUUUUGUUUAACUGGUACUCACUGAAAGUUUCUGGAAUGGUCUGUUUAAAAAGAAAAGCAACUCACAAGGAACUGGCAAAUACACUGGCUCUGGAAAA